AUGGGUCACCGUAGAUUCUUGGAGGACAUGAGUCAUCAUUUUCGGUUAGACAAGAAGAAUUUUGAUGGAACCAUUGAAAACCGUGUUGCUCCUCCUCAGUUAUCUGGCUACGAUGUAUUCAAAGAUGUUGAAUUUGUUAAGAAGAUGUAUGGAAACCGUGAGAAUUCUGGCGCUAGUGUUGGGAGAGGAAUGGGUGGUUGGAAAAAACAUAGUAUAUUCUUUGAGCUUCCAUAUUGGCAAGACAAUUUGAUCCGACAUAAUCUCGACGUCAUGCACAUUGAGAAAAAUGUUUGUGACAACAUAAUUUGGACGUUAUUAAAUGUUUCAGGUAAAUCAAAGGACAACUUGAAAGCACGUCUUGAUUUGAAAGAACUAGGGAUAAGAAAAAAGUUGCAUCCUGAAGAUCGUUUAGGUGGGAAGAAGUAUUUACCUCCUACAUCUUUCACGUUGAAUCGAGAACAAAAACAUAUAUUUUUGAAAGUAUUGAAAAGUAUAAAAUCACCCGAUGGAUUCUCAUCAAACAUAUCACGUCGUGUCCAACUCAAAGAACACACAAUGAGUGGACUUAAGAGCCAUGACAAUCAUGUUUUGAUGCAACAUUUGCUUCCAUUGGCAAUUAGGAGGGUGUUCAAGAGAAAGUAUGUCAGUAAAACUUUGAUUGAAUUAUGCAAUUACUUUAAACAGUUGUGUUCUAAAAACAUUACAGUAGACGAGUGUAACCAAUUGAGGUCACGCAUUAUAUUGGUGCUUUGUCACCUCGAGAAAAUAUUUCUACCGAGCUUCUUCAAUAUAAUGGAGCAUUUAGUUGUUCACCUGCCUGACGAAGUCCAAAUUGCGGGACCGGUAAUGUUCCGGUGGAUGUAUCCAGUUGAGAGGUUCUUAUUGACAUUGAAAAAGUAUGUAAGGACUAGAAGUCAUCCAGAAAGAUCUAUUGCUGAAGGUUAUUUGGCAGAAGAGUGUUUGACUUUUUGUGUAAGGACACACUUACAAUCCAUUAGAUUGGAAAGAAGAGGUGCUAGCAAUCGUGAAAUUACACAAAAACACUAUGAAAACUUCCCAUCAUGGUUUCAAAAACAUGUUUAUGAAUUGCAAGUAAGUGGUCACAAUGUACCCAAUGAAGUGAAAACAUUAGCUACUGGGCCUCACUCAUGGGCAUGGAAGUAUUCUGGGUACAUCGUAAAUGGAUUCAAAUUUCACACGAGGCGUCGAGAAAAGAGAAGAAUGACUCAAAACAGUGGAGUAUUACUAACUGCAAAUACUGAAAGUUAUGCUAGUUCAAAAGAUAAACGUCCUAUCAGUGGUGAUGUUACCUUUUAUGGAGUCCUAACAGAUGUUGUUGAGAUACAAUACUCUAACGAAUUCAAAUUUAUUUUGUUUAAGUGUGAUUGGGUUGACAAUAACAGAGGGAUGAAGGUUGACAGUUUGAAUUUCAUAACUGUAAAUUUUAAUUGUUUAAUGUAUCAAGAGAAUAAACCAACAGACGAACCUUUUAUACUUGCAACUCAAGCAUCACAAGUGUGGUAUGUGGCUGAUCCUCUUGAUGAAGAAUGGCACGUUGUCAUGAAGAUGACACCUAGAGAUUUGUAUAACAUGGGUAAAAGAAAUGUGGUAGGGAGCUGUGACGAGGAAGAUGCUUUAAUUACUAAUCAUGUUGAAAUCAACAAUGAUCAGUCCUUACAUGCAGAGUUAGGAGAAUCUGAUGAAGAUUACUCUUCUGGAGAAUCUGAUGAGGAUGGUAUGCUAGUCGAUAUAUCAGAUGAUGACGACAAUUCCAUUCAUUAUACUGCACAUAGUGAUGAUAAUGAUUUCUAA